AUGCACAGAUCUGUAAUAGGACAAAUAGGAACAAAGUCCAAGAAGACCAAAGUGGGAGUGUUUGGCAGGACGGGUGUUGGCAAGAGCUACCUGAUUAACACCAUCCUGGGAGAGAAUUUGCUGCCCUCUGGGUCAGGAAGUGCCUGCACCUCUGGUGUCAUUCAAGUGGAGGCCAACACACGAGACUCCAACUUCAUAGCAGAGCUUGAAUUCAUCUCAGAGCAGGAAUGGGAACAGGAGCUGAAGUCCCUGCGACAAAUCGUAGAUGAGGGAACCGAAAAAUACGAACAAUCAGUCGUGGACAGUGCUAAGGAUAAAAUCAAGGCUGUUUAUGGUAAAGAUGGAAUAAAGAAAACAUUGGAGCAACUAAAGUCUGAGAGAAUCCCAGAGUUGGGGGAAAAAAAAGAGGAGUCUCAUGAAACAGCCGAAAACCUUGAGGCAGCAAUCUGCGACUACGUAGGAUCAGGUCAGUCAAACUCCUCAGGGCGAUUCUACUGGCCUCUCGUGAAAUCUGUGACUAUCAAGGUGCCCGGCCACAAUGACAUCCUAGAAAACCUGGUGUUGAUUGAUCUCCCUGGAACAGGAGACAUCAAUAAAAGCAGGCAAGACGUGUGGAAAAAGUAUGUGAGAGAGUGCACCACCGUGUGGAUCAUCAGUGAUAUCAAUCGAGCUGUUUCUGAUCAGAGUUCCUGGGAAAUCCUCUUAUCCCACCUCAAGGACCUGGCACUUGGUGGUGAAUGCAGCAGCAUCUGUUACAUCUGCACAAAGACUGAUCACAUGAAUGCAGAAGAGUACAUGAGGUGAAAAGAAAAAGCGCAGCAUUAUUUAUUGU